CUUAAAGCAGUUUGGGAUCCUUUUUCCUCUCCCAAGUUUUGAGUGGCCCCACACCAAACACCUUCUAUACUCUCAGUCUCUCUACAAAUACUCCCAAAAAACCCUCCAUUUCAAUCUCCCUGAUUUCUAUCUUAUCUUUCUCCCACAAGGAUGGUGUCGUUUCUCUGUUCUACCAAAUCUCUCUUCAUCUUCUUCAUCAUCUCCGCUAUUCCCGUGGCUUACAUCAUCUCCGUCGAGCGAGCGGAGCCCUCCACCCAUGUCUACCACUACCACAGCUCCGGCUGGUUGCGGGAGUGUGCCAAGUGGGACGAUCUCGACCGUCGAUUCAUCGUCUCUCUUUUCGAGGGCGGCGUCGCCCUGGUUGAGGUGCCGGACGGCCACUCCCCGGGUACCAUCUUGGAGGAAAUCAUCGUUGUCAAAGAGCCUGAGUUGGCCGGAAACGCCUCGCUGGGAAUCGCCGUUGACCGGAGGAGGAACCGGGUGCUGGUUGUCAACGCUGACGUGAUGCGAAACCGGUAUGGCUCGCUCGCGGCAUACGAUCGGUCUACGUGGCGGCGGUUGUUUCUCAGCCAGCUCAGUGGCCCAGGCGAUGAGAAAAGCUUUGCAGAUGAUGUUGCAGUGGAUGAGGAAGGUAAUGCAUAUGUUACAGACGCCAAAGCCAAUAAAAUCUGGAAGGUUGGGGUGGAUGGAGAGAUCCUCUCCAUCAUCAGAAGCCCCCUCUUCACCCCGAAAGAGUGGUACAAAACCUUGGUGGGGCUCAAUGGUGUAGUUUACCAUCCAAACGGCUACUUACUUGUCAUUCACACCUUCUCUGGGAACCUGUUGAAGAUUGAGAUAGAGAAAGAAGAAGUUAAGCUAGUUAAGGUAGGUGGAGGUAAACUGGUGUUUGGAGAUGGGUUAGAGCUAAUAUCUCCAACUAAGCUUGUGGUUGCCGGGAACCCUUCUGGGAGAUUGGUCGAGAGCUCCGACGAAUGGGAGACGGCCACCGUCACUGCCAAGUACUCUGGACCGGCACAUCGGUUGGCAACUGCAGCAACUGUGAAGGAUGGGAAGGUAUACCUAAAUCACCUGCUUGGAAUGGGAUACCCUAGGAAGACACAUGCACUUGUGGAGGCAGUUUUCUCUGCUUACUGAGGCCUAAAACCCAAGUGUUAUAUAGAGGAUAUUAUUGUCAUGUUUGAUAAAGCCAAUGAUUCUGUCGAAGGUUUAGGUUUGGUACAAAUCACUAUGUAUCGAUGAACAAUAUUGUUAUUACUUUGAGUCAAAAGCUGUGUUUCUAUAUUUCUGUUA